AUGGCGUCGCCCUUCAGUGGGGUGCUGCAGCUGACGGACCUGGAUGACUUCAUCGGGCCGUCGCAGGACUGCAUCAAGCCCGUGAAAGUGGACAAGAGGCCGGGCAGCGGCGUGGCCAGGAUUCACAUUGAGGAUGAUGGGAGCUACUUCCAAGUGAGCCAAGAUGGUGGGACGCGGAGGCUGGAGAAAGCAAAGAUAUCGCUGAACGACUGCCUGGCGUGCAGUGGCUGUGUCACCUCAGCAGAGAGUGUGCUCAUCACCCAGCAGAGCCACGGAGAGCUCCGGAAGGUUCUCAACGCUAAUAAGGCAGCAGCGCCAGGGCAGCAGAAGCUGGUGGUCGUCUCGGUCUCCCCACAGUCCACGGCUUCGUUAGCUGCGAGAUUUCAGCUGAGCCCUUCAGACACUGCCAGGAAGUUAACUUCCUUCUUCAAAAAGAUAGGAGUUCACUACGUGUUCGACACGGCCUUCUCACGAAACUUCAGCCUCAUCGAGAGCCAGCGUGAGUUCGUGCAGCGCUUCCGGAACCAGGCUGACCCCAAACAGGCCCUGCCCGUGCUGGCUGCUGCCUGCCCAGGCUGGAUCUGCUAUGCCGAGAAGACUCACGGCGGCGUCCUGCUCCCGCAUCUCAGCACUGCCCGGUCCCCACAGCAGGUCAUGGGCGCCCUGGUCAAGGACUUCUUCGCCCAGCAGCAGCACCUGGCCCCUGACCAGCUCUACCAUGUGACGGUGAUGCCCUGCUACGAUAAGAAGCUUGAAGCAUCCAGACCCGACUUCUUCAACCAGGAGUUCCAGACACGUGAUGUGGACUGUGUCAUCACCACAGGGGAGGUGUUCAAGCUUUUAGAGGAGGAGGGGGUCUCAUUGCCAGACCUGGAGCCCACCCCGUUGGAUGUGCUGUGCAGCUGCGUUUCCACCGCGGAGCCCACCAGCCAUCGGGGUGGGGGCUCCGGGGGCUACCUGGAACACGUGUUCCGGCACGCUGCCCACGAGCUGUUCGGGAUCCAUGUGGCGGAGCUCACCUAUAAGCCCCUGAGGAACAAGGACUUCCAGGAGGUGACCCUGGAGCGGGACGGCCAGGUCCUCCUUCACUUCGUAGCUGCCUACGGCUUCCGUAACAUCCAGAACCUCGUGCAGAAGCUCAGGCGUGGGCGCUGCCCGUACCACUACGUGGAGGUCAUGGCCUGCCCUUCAGGCUGCCUGAAUGGCGGGGGACAGCUCAGGGCCCCGGACACGCACGCCAAGGAGCUACUGCAGCAGGUGGAACAGCUGUACAGGGAGGUCAGGACCCAGGCGCCCGAGGACGCGCCCGGGGUCCACGAGCUGUAUGAGCGCUGGCUGCAGGGCGAGGGCUCAGACAAGGCGGGCCGCAUGCUACACACACAGUACCACGCUGUGGAGAGAGCCAGCUCUGGCUUCAGCAUCAAGUGGUAG